AUGUUUGUGCUCGGGCCAACAGUGACGACACAGAGAUCCGAUAAUUCGGACGAAGCCAGCGAGGAGGAGGGAUCUGGAGACGUUAUCCAGAGACGGCGAGAAGAAUGCGAGCGGAAGGCGCGACGGGGGGAGAUGGACCCCAGGCUGGAGUUCACGUUCCAGCUGCUGAUAGACGCGACUGGGUUGCCGAGGCACGAGGUGAUGGAUCACGUGUUCGAGGGUGACAUGCUGGACGAGAUCAACCAGUUGUUUUUGCCGCACAUGAGGGCUACGCUCAUGUGGUUCUACCAGGAAACGGAGGAGCCCGAGAUCCAGCGAUCCACCGACCAGGUUGGCGAUUCGCGAAGCCACUGUCUUUCGUCGAAGUGAAACUGUAUGUGGAUCUGUGUUUAGGGGCUGGCAAAGAGUAGCGGCUCGCGUCCGCAGCAGAAUACAGCCGGGGCCAAGGUCAAGGAGGUCAAGGAGCCCAAGGAGCCGCCCAAGAAAAAAUUGUUUCUGACCGACGGCUGGCAGGUCCCUUGCACCGGCAUGUGUGUCUAUAUGUUUCGCAUCAACAUCGCCAAGCAGCUGCCGGAGGAGGGCUUUCAAAAGGACCUUUACACGGGGGUGAUCGACGCCACGAGGGUCGGCGUAGUACCUUACAUUCAGCGCGUUAUCGAGCGCGUUUUCAUGGACGCUCUGGCACAUCCCGGCCUCGAGGACGAGGACGAUUGUCCUAUGAUCAAGAGCGUCCUCCUGCCUGGCUUGAGGUCGUUCUGCAGUGCCUUGAAAGUUUGCGAGGAAGUGUCGAACGAUGGUAACAUCUUUGAGGAUGGUCAGAGCAUGAUGGACGAUGUCCACGAUGCCGAGAGUGCCAAAGCCCUCGUGACGAACGACGAUGUCGUGGAAAAGAUCGAGGCUCGCGUGGUGGACUGGAUGAAGAGGCUGAAGGACUUUAUGCUCGAGUGCAAGCAGGUGAGGCGAGAGAACGACAGCUCCGGGCCUCAGCAAGAGCUUGAGUACUGGAAGAGACGAGGAGCCCAGUUCAGUCAGCUAGUAACGAGGUUGCAGGACAACGAGGUGAGGAUGACUUUGUUGUGCUUGCAAGUUUCGAGAUCCAAGUUGCUCAAGGAUUGGACGGACGUUCAAGAGGAGGUCAUGUAUUGUUUCAACGAGGCGAAGGACAACGCGAAAUUCAUCCAAGCGUUGGAAAAGUGUUGUCACUGCUUGUACCUGGACGACCCGGUACGAAUGCGAGACUCUUUGGUGUCUCUGUUGCAAACGGUGAGGCUGAUAUACAGCGUCUCGAGGUACUACAACACGUCGGAGAGGACGAGCUCGCUUAUGGUGAAGAUAACGAAUCAAAUGAUUGCGGCUUGCAGAGACUACGUCACCCAGCGAGGACGAGACACCGUUUGGGGCCAAGACAGAAUUACCGCCCGGCAAAAACUCAAACACUGUUUGAGGCUGAACAAAGCGUAUCGACAAACCUAUAGAUUGGUGCGUUGUUCGCCGGCUAUAACGGAAGAGGAGUUCUCAUUUUCCGAGACCCACGUGUUUGGACGGUUUGACUCGUUUUGCGCGAGGAUACGGAAAAUCCUGACAAUGUUCGAUCUGAUCGAAGAUUACCAAAAAUUGUUCGAACGAAGGAUGGAGGGUCUGUUGCUGGGAGAAGCACUGGACGAGACCAUAAAAACGUUCGAGGAAGCAAAAAAGAUUGCAACAAGCAAAAGUUACGACUACUUGGACCCUCGGAACGCCGAGUUUGACGGCGACUAUGAUACCUUCAUGUCGGAGACGGACGCGUUGAAGGAAAACGUCGGCAACGUGAUAGAGAAAAAUUACGCAGACGUUUGGGAGACACCGCAAGGAAUCCGUUUUCUCACCCGCUUCGAAAAAGUUAGCGACAAAAUUCCUCUGACAAAGUUGGACGAGAAGUACAAUUUGGUGGUGAAAUACUGCGACAAAGAGAUAGAACGAACCCUCAAGCUGUUCAAAAAGCUAAAGGAUGAUCCCCCGAUCCCCAGGCAUUUGCCACCGAUCGCAGGGAGACUAACUUGGGCCAAUUCCUUGAGAAUACACUUGGACGAGCUGGCGACCUCGGUCUCUUCUCAUCCGGUACUGAAAACACUACCGACAACUGCGGAUCUCGUGAAAAGAUACAACAACGCCAUCUCCGUGAUAAUGCAGUAUCAAUCGGACAUCAAACAAGUCUGGACUAGUCAAAACUCUUGGAUAAUCGAAGACUGCCUCAAAAAAAACCUAUUGAAAAUAGACGAAGCGAGCGGAAAGGUCCAAGUGAACUUGGAAAGCCGGAUAAACCUUCUACUCCGCGAGGCGGACUGCCUAGCCAAGAUGAGCCUCGACAUCCCGAUAGUCGCGAAAACGAUGCUCGCGAAAAGGGAGCACUUUGUCCUGGUGAAGGACUCGCUGCACCUGGUGAUCGAGGACUUUGUCAACACGGCCAGGCGCGUGAAGCUCGAGGUACGGCCUCUGCUGCUGCCCCACCUCGUCCGCGUGGCUUCUCUGCUGAAACCGGCCCUCUACACGCUCACGUGGACAAAGCCCGACUGGAGGGAGUUUUGCCAGCGCACUCGCGACCAAAUCAAAACCUUCGACGUUCUCAUAACCAGAGUCCACGACGUCUACACAAACAGAAUCUUGCAAGUUCUCGCGAGUAUGCACAAAAUAACGAUGCACGCGCUACCGGAGGACAAGCCUUGGGGCGUGGAGGAGUUCGUGGAGCGAACGGAGGAGGCCUGCAGAGCAGCUGCCUUGGAAGCUCACGGCAAGAGCCUCAUGGUGGAGGAGGCUGUCGAGGAGGUGUUGCAAUUGGUGAAAAAUGCGGCCGCGAGUUUCAAAGGGUCCGUGGCUCCCGAUGACUUUGAGUUUCUCGACGAGAACGGUAAGACUUAGGCGGGGGGGGGGAUUCAGCAGCAAGAUUGGUCCAUCGUGUGGGCGUGCUUCGACGACCCGCACAAGCUGCUGUCCACCGAGGACGGAAGCUUGUCCAAGGCGAUGCAAGAUAUGGUUGGGAACGCCGUUGCCGAGAUGAGGAGGUAUUACUCCCGGAAGGUCGUGGAUGUGCUUAUUAAGGUCACGAAGACGUCUCUCGAUGCCAUCAGAAGACGGUUCUCGCGCGAAUACGACGCAGAUGAAACUACAACUCCGGUGUUCCUGCUGCAAGCCACGCUCAUGAUACCAUCGGUGAUGGUGAAGCCAAGCCUCGAUGACGUGCAGGAAGCGCUGAUAAUAGCCGGAAAAGCAAUAGCUGGGGUUGCCAAGGGCGUCGCGCAAUGGGAUGGUGGUGCCAAGGACGGGAAAAACGAAAAAGUAAGAGCGCAAAUGGAAGUUGAAAAACGUAACAAGAGCACCAUGGAGGAUCCGAAAGCACGCAGGCGAAGAUUGUACAAAAUAAUGUCGGAAGAAAAACCCACGUUUCCCGUGCAGAAGCGAAACUUCUUCUCCAUGAUUAUGGAUAACAAGGAAAUCGUCAAAAUGUUCUCAAUACUGAGUGCUUGUACCCAAGAACUACGCCAAGACUUGUCGGAUUUCUUGGAUCGCUGGAGACCCUACAAUUUUCUUUGGACAAACGAACGCAGUAUAAGAGAGCUUUUGCAAGUGUCGUUGACAGAGUUCGAGAACAUGCUGAGAAAACACGGGGAGCUCGAGGACGAACUGGCGACCGAGCCUGACAUGAUUAAUUUUGGCACCUCCAUUGCCGUUUCAACGGAAAAACUCAAAUACGCCCUGUUGACGGAAAUCAAAAGCUCCACGCACAAAAUUGGCCAAGCCAUCAAGAAAAAGUAUCGCCGAGAAAUGGAAUACGUUUACGCCGUCAUGAACGAAAUGGACAGAAAGUUGGAUCGCCAAAUCAGGGAUUUAGACGACGUCCGUUUGAUCAUGGAAACUUUGAGGAAAAUUCGGGAACAAGAAGUCGACAUGGACUUGAAAAUCGAUCCGAUCGAGGAAGCUUUCAACAUCGUGACACGAUACGAGGUACCAGUUGACCGAGAAUGUCUCGAACAAGUGGACAAUUUACGAUACACGUGGCAGCAGCUGCAAGCUCGAGCUCUGGAAAGCCACGUGCACCUGCUGAACCUCCAGCCUUCGUUCGAGGAAGAGCUGCGCAACAAUCUCGAGAAAUUCCGCACCGACAACGAGACGUACGUUGAGGAAUACCGGACGUCGGGGCCCAUGCAGGCUGGCUUGACGCCGCGCGAGGCCUCCGACCGGCAGAUCCUCUUCCAAAAUCGCUUCGACGGGAUGUGGCGAAAGCUCCAAGCCUACCAGAGCGGCGAAGAACUGUUUGGCUUGCCGAUCACCGACUAUCCGGAACUAUCGCAGAUUAGAAAGGAAUUGAAUCUACUGCAGAAGUUGUACAAACUGUACAAUGAUGUUAUCGACAGAGUCAGCAGCAGCUACUACGAUAUACCGUGGGGCGAGGUAAACAUAGAAGAAAUAAACAACGAACUGAUGGAAUUCCAAAAUCGGUGCCGAAAGUUGCCCAAGGGCCUGAAAGAGUGGCCGGCGUUUUUUGCCCUCAAGAAAACGAUAGAUGAUUUUAACGACAUGUGCCCACUUCUCGAGCUGAUGGCCAACAAAGCCAUGAAGCCUCGACACUGGCAACGAAUCGUCGAAGUCACGAGCCACACUUUUGAUCUCGAGAGCGAGGGCUUUUGCCUGAAAAAUAUCCUAGAAGCGCCGCUGCUCAAGUACAAAGAGGACAUCGAGGAUAUUUGCAUCUCGGCCAUGAAGGAAAAGGACAUCGAAGCCAAACUUCGGCAGGUCAUCAACGAGUGGUCCUCGCACGAGCUGACCUUCAUGACCUUCAACAACAGGGGCGAGCUGUUGCUUCGGGGUGACACCACCGCCGAGACCAUCAGCCAACUCGAGGACAGCCUGAUGAUACUGGGCUCGCUCAUGUCGAACCGCUACAACGCGCCCUUCCGCAAACAAAUUCAGCAAUGGCUGGGAGACUUGUCGAGCACCAACGAGAUACUCGAGCGCUGGCUCCUCGUGCAAAACAUGUGGGUGUACCUGGAGGCAGUGUUCGUGGGCGGGGACAUUGCCAAGCAGCUGCCCAAGGAGGCCAAGCGUUUCAGCAAAAUCGACAAAAGCUGGCAGAAAAUAAUGCAACGAGCCCACGAGACGCCGGGUGUCGUUCCCUGCUGCGUCGGUGACGACCUGCUCAAGCAACUGCUGCCCCACUUGCAAGAGCAGCUCGAAUUGUGCCAGAAAUCAUUGAGCGGGUACUUGGAAAAGAAGCGCAUGAUGUUUCCGAGAUUCUUUUUCGUGUCCGACCCGGCUCUGCUGGAAAUACUUGGCCAAGCGUCUGACUCGCACACCAUUCAAAACCAUUUGUUGUCCAUUUUCGACAAUACGAGGUACGUUAAAUUCCACGACAUCGAGUACAACAAAAUCAUAGCUGUCGUUUCAUCGGAGGGAGAAACGAUACAGCUCGAGAGGGCAGUUCGAGCCGAGGGUUCGGUCGAGACAUGGCUGAUGCAGCUUCUGCAAACGUCCCAGCAGUCGUUGCACUCGAUCAUACGACAGGGCUAUACAACGCUGAACGACCAAAAUUUCAAUCUUCUUGGUUUCCUCGACAAGAUGCCGGCCCAAGUUGGGAUCCUGGGCAUACAAAUGAUUUGGACGAGGGACGCCGAACUGGCGCUGCUGCAGGCCCGAGCUGACAAGAAAAUCAUGGGGGAGACGAACAAUCGCUUCCUCGAGCUCUUGAACACUUUGAUCGACCAGACUACGAGGGAUCUCGCGAAGAUCGACCGGAUCAAAUUCGAGACGCUCAUCACCAUUCACGUUCAUCAGCGGGAUAUUUUUGAUAUUCUGUGCCGUUUGAACGUUCGCUCGGUUAACGAUUUCGAGUGGUUGAAACAGUGCAGAUUUUAUUUCAAAGAAGACGCGGACAAGACAUCGAUAUCGAUAACUGACGUCCAAUUUGUUUAUCAAAACGAGUACCUGGGCUGCACCGAGCGAUUGGUCAUCACGCCUUUGACCGAUCGUUGCUACAUAACGUUGGCCCAAGCAUUGUCUAUGUCGAUGGGUGGAGCGCCUUGCGGCCCGGCCGGUACAGGCAAAACCGAGACAGUUAAGGACAUGGGCAAGACCCUGGCCAAGUACGUAGUCGUGUUCAAUUGCUCCGAUCAGAUGGACUAUCGAGGCUUGGGUCGUAUUUACAAGGGAUUGGCGCAGAGCGGAUCUUGGGGCUGUUUCGACGAGUUCAACCGCAUCGAGUUGCCCGUACUAUCAGUGGCAGCACAGCAAGUUGCGGUCGUACUGUCCGCGAAGAAGGAGAAAAAGAAGCAAUUUGUGUUUACAGAUGGGGAUCAAAUCGACAUGUGUCCUGAGUUUGGGAUAUUCAUAACUAUGAAUCCAGGCUACGCGGGGAGAAAGGAGCUGCCAGAAAACUUGAAGAUUCAGUUUCGGACUGUUGCCAUGAUGGUUCCCGACCGGCAAAUCAUCAUCAGGGUGAAACUGGCGAGUUGCGGCUUCCUCGAAAACAUCACCUUGGCUCGGAAGUUUUACACGUUGUACAAACUUUGCGAGGAACAACUCACGAAACAGGUGCACUAUGACUUUGGUUUGAGAAACAUUUUGUCGGUUCUUCGAUCGCUUGGGGCUGCGAAAAGAAUCAAUUCCAAGGAUUCCGAGAGUACGAUAGUCAUGCGAGUCUUGAGAGACAUGAAUCUUUCCAAGCUCAUAGACGAGGAUGAGCCACUUUUCAUAUCACUGGUGGCAGAUUUAUUUCCGAAUCAGUUGCUCGAAAAGACAGCCUAUCCAGAGCUUGAGGCAGCCAUUGAACAGCAAGUACAGGAAGAGGGAUUGGUCUAUCACCCCCCAUGGGUUCUCAAGCUCAUUCAGCUGUACGAGACUCAAAGAGUGAGACACGGCAUCAUGACUUUGGGCCCUACGGGGGCUGGAAAAACUACUUGCAUUCAAAUACUCAUGAAAGCAUUGACUGCGUGUGGAGAAGUUCACAAAGAAAUGAGGAUGAACCCAAAGAGUAUAACGGCAGCUCAAAUGUUUGGUCGUUUGGAUGUCGCGACCAAUGAUUGGACGGAUGGAAUAUUUUCUGCUUUGUGGCGAAAAACUUUAAAAACAAAAUCAGACGAGAACAUAUGGCUGAUAUUGGAUGGACCGGUGGAUAGUAUAUGGAUUGAAAAUUUAAACUCGGUCCUCGACGAUAACAAAACCCUAACUUUGGCUAACGGCGAUCGUUUGUCAAUGUCUCCAACGUGUAAGAUAAUCUUUGAGCCGCACAACAUCGACAAUGCAAGUCCUGCAACUGUUUCGAGGAAUGGAAUGGUCUACAUGAGCUCGUCGGGUCUGGAUUGGAAUCCAGUAGUGACGGCUUGGCUCAAAAGGAGGACAACUCUCGAACAAGAGGUGUUUGACCAAUGCUUUCAAGAAUCCUUUGCUCAGAUUUAUUUAUGGAGUACGCAAUCACUUGUUUUUGCGAUCAAUGUCUUGCAAUGCAACAUAGUUCGUCAAAUGCUGUGUCUAUUGGAAGGUUUAGUGCCACCUGAAACACCAGCUGUGGAAGAAAAGGUGGAAAUAGAAGACGACAUGGAACAACAUAAGCCAAUAUCCAUGACUGCGGAGCACCUUCGUCGUUUUUAUGUGUUUGCUCUAGUUUGGGGAAUCGGAGCUCUGCUGGAAAAAGCGGAUCGGCUGAAAUAUGACGAGUAUUUGCGAAAAAAUUUUGAAUCCCUCGACCUCCCUUGCGAUCAGAAAAAACAAGAAAACACAGUUUUCGAUUUCUUUGUCAACGACAAGGGACAGUGGGACCAAUGGACUAGUAUUUUGACAAACUACGUGUACCCAGAAUCCGCAACGCCGGAUUUCGGUAGCAUUGUAAUUCCCAUUCCCGACAACGUGAGAAUUCAGUAUCUCAUAGAUUUGAUCGGCAAACAAGACAGAGCAGUUCUAUUGACGGGCGAACAGGGCUCUGCAAAAACAGUCAUGAUGAAGGCUUACAUUAAAAAAGCCAACCCAGAAACAACGUUGAACAGGUCGUUCAAUUUUAGUUCUGCCACGACUCCCUAUCAGUUUCAAAAAACGAUAGAGAGCUACGUGGAAAAGAGAAUGGGCAGUAUAUUCGGACCACCUGGUGGUAAAAAAAUGCUUAUUUUCGUGGAUGACAUAAAUUUGCCGGAGAUAAACGAGUGGGGGGAUCAAAUAACCAACGAAAUCGUACGUCAGACGAUGGAUACCAAAGGAUUUUACUCGUUGGAGAAGCCCGGAGAUUUCACGUCGAUCGUCGAUGUUACUUUCAUGGGUGCGAUGGGACAACCAGGUGGCGGCCGAAACGACAUACCUUCGAGAUUGAAAAGGCAAUUUUGCAUAUUCAACUGUACAUUGCCGGAUGAUGCCUCUAUAGACAGAAUUUUCAGUGUCUUGGGAGAGGGCCACUACAAUUCCAAGCGAGGAUUUUCCCCCGAAGUCAGGAGUUUGGUCAAAAAGAUGGUAGAGUUGACUCGAAUCUUGUGGCAAAGCACCAGAGCCAGGCUUCUUCCGACGCCAGCAAAGUUUCAUUACGUUUUCAAUUUACGAGAUUUGUCGAGAAUUUGGCAAGGUAUGCUGGGAACACUGUCUACGGUCAUCGACAAAGAGGAGAUACUCAUGUUACUUUGGAAGCACGAGUGCGAGAGAGUAUUUAGCGAUAGAUUGACGAUCCAAGCAGACAAGGAUUGGUUCGAUAAUGAACUAGUUACAGUUGUUUCGAAUACGUUGGGAGAGUCUUACACGCACAUGAUACAAAAAAGUCCAGCAUUCGUGGACUUUAUGAGAGAUGCUCCGGAACCCACGGGUGAAGAAACUGAAGACGCCGACACGGAGCUGCCGAAAGUGUACGAGCCAGUGUUCGAAGAUCAAGUUCUGCGCGACCGGUUGGACAUGUUCCUUUCCCAAUUCAACGAAAUGCAACGCGGCGCCGGCAUGGACCUGGUAUUUUUCCCCGACGCGAUGCUCCACCUCGUGAAAAUUUCUCGCAUCAUCCGGCACCCCAAGGGCAACGUCAUGCUCGUGGGAGUCGGGGGCUCGGGAAAGCAGAGCUUGACAAAGUUGUCGUCUUUUAUCGCCGGCUACAAGACCUUCCAAAUAACUUUGACGCGGUCGUACAACGUCGCCAAUUUCUUGGAAGACUUGAAAUUCUUGUACAGAACGUGUGGUGGCCAGGGAAAAGGCACCACGUUCAUCUUCUCCGACUUGGACAUCAAAGAAGAGGGUUUUCUAGAAUACCUGAACAAUAUUUUGAGUUCCGGCGUCAUAAGCAAUCUUUUUACGAGAGACGAGCAAACGGAGAUAGCAUCCGAGCUGACGCCCAUACUCAGGCGCGAGAAUCCGAAGAAAACCAUAAACAACGAAAUGGUGAUGGAGUACUUUUUACAAAGAACGUGUCAAAACUUGCACGUCGUAUUUUGCUUUUCACCGGUUGGCGAAAAAUUCCGAAGUCGAGCCAUGAGGUUUCCCGCUCUCAUAUCUGGUUGCACGAUAGAUUGGUUCCAGCCAUGGCCCAGAGACGCCCUCGUCCUCGUUGCCAAGCACUUCCUUCAUAACUUUGACAUCGCCUGCAGUGCCGAGGUCAAACAUCAACUGGUGAACGCUCUGGGCUCAAUCCAGGACAUCGUUUCGGUCAAUUCGGUCGAAUACUUCCAACGUUUCAGAAGGGCAACCCACGUCACUCCCAAAUCUUACCUGAAUUUCAUCGGCGGUUACAAAAACAUCUACCAAAUGAAGCAACACGAGCUCGGAGAGGGCGCCCGCAGAAUGGACACGGGACUGGCGAAGCUGGAGGAAGCCUCGAUAUCCGUUGAGAUACUGAAGCGCGAUCUCGCAGAGAUGGAGAAGGACCUGGUCCAAGCGUCGAAAACCGCGGAGUCGGUACUGCUCGAAGUGACGGAGCGAGCCAUGCAGGCCGAGACUUUUAAAAACCAGGUCCAAAAGGUCAAGGAGAAGGCCGAGCAGUUGGUCGCGUCCAUCGCCGAGGAGAAGGCGCUGGCUGAGAUAAAACUCGAGGCGGCCAAACCAGCCCUGGAGGAGGCGGAGGCAGCGCUGAACACAAUCAAGCCGGCGCACAUAGCGACUGUCCGGAAACUUGGACGACCACCGCAUUUGAUCAUGAGGAUCAUGGACUGCGUGCUCAUUCUGUUCCAGAGGAGGCUCGGACCCGUCGCGCCCGAUCCAACGGCUCCGUGUCCGAAGCCAUCCUGGGCCGAGUCACUGAAAAUGAUGGCCAGCACGACCUUUCUCCUGCAGCUGCAAAAUUACCCCAAGGACAUCAUAAACAACGAAAUGAUCGAGUUGCUGCAGCCUUAUUUUAAAAUGGAGGACUACAACAUGGAAACGGCACGAAGGGUUUGCGGGGAUGUUGCGGGGUUGCUGUCGUGGACCAAGGCCAUGGCUUUCUUUCAUUCCGUCAAUAGGGAAGUUUUGCCGUUGAAGGCUAAUCUGAAGCUGCAGGAAGCCAGGCUAACAGUUGCGAUGGAAGAUCUCGCGAAUGCAGAGAGGGAACUGUCCGAGAGGGAAAUGGCGUUGCAAGCCGUUAAAGCUCAAUACGACGCGGCAGUGGCAGAGAAGCAAAGACUCAUGGACGACGCUAACGUGUGUCUGCGUAAAAUGACCGCGGCCACUGCUCUGAUCAGUGGAUUGGGCGGUGAGAAAAUACGCUGGACCGAGCAGAGCAAAGAGUUCAAAGUUCAGUUGGGAAAAUUGGUCGGCGAUGUCCUGCUCGCCACGGGAUUCUUGUCCUACUGCGGUCCUUACAACCAAUCGUUCAGGGCUGGAUUGAUCGAUUCUUGGAUGAGCGUCAUGACAUCGAGGGCAAUCCCGUUUACCCAAGAAUUGAACAUCACCAACAUGCUUGUGGACUCGGCAACCGUAUCCGAGUGGACCUUGCAGGGUUUGCCGAAUGACGAGCUUUCGGUGCAGAACGCCCUGAUUGUUACCAAGUCGUCGUCCUAUCCUCUCUUGGUUGAUCCGCAAAAUCAGGGAAAAAUGUGGAUCAAGCACAAAGAGGCGAGCAACGAACUUCAAAUCACAUCUCUGAAUCAUAAGUAUUUCAGGACACAUUUGGAAGACAGCUUGUCUCUAGGGCGUCCACUUCUAAUAGAAGACGUAGCGGAGGAACUGGAUCCCGUGAUCGACAACGUACUGGAGAAAAAUUUCAUCAAAUCCGGCUCGAUUGAAAAAGUGAUCGUUGGUGACAAGGAAUGCGACGUAAUGCCUGGCUUCAUGCUGUACAUUACCACGAAAUUGCCCAAUCCAGCUUACAGCCCUGAAAUAUCAGCGAAAACGUCAAUCAUUGAUUUCACGGUGACAAUGCAGGGAUUGGAGGAUCAAUUGCUGGGUCGCGUUAUUUUGAUGGAAAAGGCCGAUUUGGAAGCGGAACGAGUGGCUCUGUUCGAAUCCGUCAUGACCAACCAGAGAUCGAUGAAAGAACUCGAGAGCACACUUUUGCAUCGCUUGACAUCAUCGGAGGGUUCCCUCGUUGACGAUGAAGCUUUGAUAGGAGUGUUGAGGGAGACAAAAUCUACGGCAGAAUCGGUGAAAGAGAAGCUCAAAGUGGCAGCAUUGACGGAAAAAAAGAUAAACGUGGCGAGGGAAGAGUUCAGAGCAGUUGCCGCUCGGGGAUCGAUUUUGUACUUUUUGAUCGUCGAGAUGAGCAACGUCAACGUCAUGUAUCAAAAUUCGUUGAAACAAUUCCUCACAAUUUUCGACAAUUCAAUCACAAAGUCGGAAAAGAGUUCCAUCACGAACGAUAGAAUCAACAUCAUCCUCAAGCACUUGACCCACGAAGUUUGGAGCUUCACCCUGCGAAGUCUCUACGAGAGGCACAAAGCCCUGUUUACUCUUAUGCUCGCGAUGAAAAUCGACUGUUACCAAGGUCUCAUAUCGCACGCGGAAUUCAUGGCUUUUAUCAAGGGUGGAGCGUCCCUGGACUUGAACGCCGUCACUCCAAAGCCGUUUCGCUGGAUUUUAGACAUAACGUGGCUCAACCUCGUGGAAAUCAGUAAACUGGAGGUCUUCUCCGAAGUAUUGACGAAAAUCGAGUUCAGCGAGCGCGAGUGGAGAGUUUGGUACGAGAAAGAAAAGCCCGAGGAAGAAAAUCUGCCGUGCGGAUAUCAGAAGAGCUUGGACGUGUUCCGCAAGCUGCUCCUCAUAAGAUCCUGGAGUCCAGACCGGACUCUUUCCCAGGCAAAGAAGUACAUCAUCGAGUCUCUGGGAAAGGAAUACGGAGAGGCGAAAAUUCUAGACCUCGAGGCCACGUGGACAGAGUCCGAGCCGAGGACUCCCCUGGUGUGCAUAUUAUCCAUCGGAUCGGAUCCGAGUCCGCUGAUCACGGUGCUGUCCAAGCAAAAGGCCAUUCAACUCAAAUCUGUGUCGAUGGGGCAAGGACAAGAGUACCACGCGAGGAAAAUGAUAAACGACGCCAUGGUCGCCGGUGGAUGGGUGCUGUUGCAAAACAUCCACCUAUCCCUGCCCUUUUGCACGGAGGCUAUGGACCUCCUCGUGGAAUCGGACCAAAUCCACGAGUCGUUCCGACUCUGGAUGACCACCGAAGUCCAUCCUCAGUUCCCGAUUGGUCUGCUUCAGAUGGCCAUAAAAUACACAAACGAGCCGCCACAAGGCAUCCGAGCGAGCAUGAGGCGCACGUACCAGGGGGUCACCCAAGACACUUUGGACUACAGCACGCAAUCGCAGUGGCCACCUCUACUCUACGCCGUGGCGUUUCUCCACACCGUCGUCCAGGAGCGUCGCAAAUUCGGCCCACUUGGCUGGAAUAUUCCCUACGAAUUCAACCAGGCGGACUUUGCCGCGUCGGUGCAAUUCAUUCAAAACCACCUAGACGACAUGGAUCCGAAAAAGGGAGUGUCGUGGCCGACAGUUUGCUACAUGCUCGGCGAGGUUCAAUACGGCGGCCGCGUGACGGACGACUUCGACAAGCGUCUCCUGACGACCUUCACGCACGUGUGGUUCUGCGACGUGCUGUUGCGCGCCGGCUUCGAGUUCUACAAAGGCUACAGAGUGCCCCAGACCCGGAACCUCGUCGGCUACGUGGAUUACAUAAACAGUCUGCCCGAGAACGACACGCCCGAGGUAUUCGGUCUGCACUCCAAUGCCGACAUCACGUAUCAAAUAAACACGGCCAAGGGGAUCCUGGACACGAUUCUCAGCGUCCAGCCGAAGGAGGGGGGCUCGCAGGGUGGCGAGACCAGAGAGAGCAUCGUUUACAGGUUGGCCGACGACAUGCUGGCCAAGUUGCCCAAGGAGUACAACGCCUUUGAGGUCAGGGAAGCCCUGCAAAGGAUGGGGCCCCUCCUGCCGAUGAAUAUUUUCCUGAGGCAGGAAGUUGAUCGGAUGACGAGGGUCAUAAAGGAGGUGAAGACCACUUUGACGAACCUAAAGCUGGCGAUCGACGGUACGAUAGUGAUGAGCCAGGGUCUGCGCGAGUCGCUGGACGCGAUGUACGACGCGAGACUGCCGGAAAAGUGGUUGAGAAUAUCGUGGGAGUCGGCGACCCUUGGGUUUUGGUUUACCGAGCUCCUCGAGAGGGACGCUCAGUUCAGGAACUGGUGCAACAACGGCCGGCCCAAUGUCUUCUGGAUGACGGGAUUUUUCAAUCCCCAAGGCUUUUUGACGGCGAUGCGACAAGAGGUAACGAGAGCACAUAAGGGAUGGGCUCUGGAUUCAGUGGUUCUGCAAAACUUGAUAACGCGAUUCAACAAAGAAGAUAUCAAGGAACAACCACAAGAAGGCGUUUAUGUACACGGGUUAUUUUUGGAAGGCGCUUCUUUGGAUCGGAAAACUGGGAAACUUGUGGAGAGCAAAGCUAAAGUUCUCUACGAGCAGAUGCCAGUAAUUUACAUUUAUGCCAUCAACACUACCGCGGGCAAAGAUCCAAAGCUUUACGAGUGUCCUAUAUACAGAAAACCGCAGAGAACUGAUCAAAAAUACGUUGGUUCAAUUGAUUUUGAAACAGAUCACAACCCUAGACAUUGGACACUUCGUGGUGUUGCUUUGCUAUGUGACAUAAAAUAAACAUGUCGAUACAAAUGCACGC